GCCUCCUGCACCUUGACGCAGACAUAGCUGCCUCCCUCCUUUCCUCCUCCAUCCCUCCUUCAUCCCUCCUUCUCUCCAUCCCUCCUCCAUCCCUCCUUCAUCCCUCCUCCAUUGGCAUCGCAGUCGGUGUGUGCCCAGGUGCCAUGUCCCCGCGGCGGCCUUGAAGUAUGCUGCGCCUGCCCACCCUCUUCCUCCUCCUCCUCCUCCUCCUCCUCUUCUUCGUCCUCCUCCUCGUCCUCCCCGCCGACGCCAGCAACCCCCGCACAGAUGGCGGCUGCCCCCGGAGCCUGGACUGUACCCUGCGAAGACGGGCGAUGUGCCCGCCGGGCUCCCACUCCUGCGGGCCCUGCCUCCGGGCCUUUGUGGAAGACGAGCGUGGUCUCUGCGUGCCCAGGAAGCAGCUGGCCAGAGGGAGGAUCCCAUCGCUUCCUAACCUAGAAGAAGAAAUCAACUUUCUCGCUGACGUGUUGUCGCGACAGGGGAUCCCCAGCCAGCGGAAGUCCCAUCCCGGAGAACCAGCUGGUCCAGAGGCCACAGGUCAGGAGUCCAUCCUCCACCCUUCACAGGGAAGACCCCUGCCUCAUUCCCGGGGCUCACCUGGAGUCCCCACGGCGCAUCCCACCCUGUCCUCCCAGCCCGUGAAGGUGAAACCCUUGGGAUCCCGUCAUCUUUCCAAUGAUGUCUUCGUCCUGGGGAUGAUCGUGGUCUGCACCGUCGCCGGAGCCUCGGCCCUGAUCGUGGCUGCUGUCUGUUGGUGCAGGCUCCAAAAGGAAAUCCGGCUAGCGCAGAAAACAGACUAUUUGGUCCAGAAAGUGUCCAGCUCCCCUGAGCGGGACAAGACCCCGCCGGGAGACAAGAAGCUGGCACAAAGUGCCCAGAUGUAUCACUAUCAACACCAGAAGCAGCAGAUGCUGUCCAUGGAGAAACAUAAAGAGGAGCCCCGUCAGGCGGACACGGCCUCCUCGGACGAGGAGAACGAAGACGGAGAUUUCACCGUGUACGAGUGUCCAGGCCUGGCCCCGACCGGAGAAAUGGAAGUGAGGAACCCGCUCUUCGAGGACUGGGCCCUGCCCCCGCCCCCCAAGACGUCGUCACCCCUGCCCACGGCUCCCGGACCCCAGACCGGACGGGACUGAGAUCACCUAGGCCGAGCUUCUCCAGAGGGAGGGGUUUGGGAGGGGCUGAGGAGGGGGACAGUCCCGUUCCCACAUUGCUUCCCGCCGCCCUUCCCUCCAUCCUUCAACAAGUUGUAAAAAAUCCAAGGCCCCGAAACCUUCUCCCACCCUAUGUCCUCCCAAGAGAGCUGGCCAUCCCCGGGCCAUCCCAGGACCACCCCCUGGCCAUCUCCAAGGCGGGCCCUCCUUUCCCCACCCCAUAGGGUGAGAGCCUGGUUGUGGAGGUUAUCGGUUGGGGCGGUUUUCUUCAUUCCUGCCCUUUCUCUUUAUGUUUCCCGUACCCAGGGUGGGGCUGGAGGGUGCAGAGGGGAGCAUGAGCCAAACUCUCUGGGUUCCAGGUUUCCGGCAGGAAGGGGUGGAGUUGUUCCCUGGUCUUUCUCACUUCCCGCUCAGGCAUCAGGCUGGUGGUUCCCUGAUCACACUCCGGGGCAAAGGGGAUCGAAACCAACAACACGAGGCUUGGCUUCCCUCCCUCAACGAGCCAGGGCCUGGCCCCCAGCCGCCUCCCGCUUUCCCGGCCUGCCAUCCCGGAUCCAUCCCGGCUGGCUGGAACCUAGGCGGCAGGCCGGGCCGGGAUCAGCAGGGCCCGAGUUCCGGGGUCUCUGGGGCAGACCCAACGGCUCUCUUCUGUACUUUGUUCUUGGUGUGGAUUUCUGUUUUUUGUUUGUUGGGGUUUUUUUUCCUCUUCCUAUACUCCCUCCACCACCCCCGGCCCCGCUUCUUGUCCAUAUCGUAUUAAUAUUUGUUUGGAGAUGAAAUUUUAUUAAAAGAAUAUUUCAAACCA